AUGGCGCCCAACAGCUUCUCACUAUCCACUCGCCUCACUCUACCCAAUGGCCUCUCUAUUCCUCAGAUACACUUGGGCGUGUACUUGAUGUCAAACCGAGAGGCUUCGCAGGCGGUCAAAUGGGCCCUCGAAGCAGGCUAUCGCGGCGUUGACAGUGCUCAGAUGUACCGAAAUGAACGGGCCUGUGGUCAGGCCAUCUUAUCCUUCAUCGGUGACAAGUCCAGCAACACCACAGGCCUGAACCGAGAGGACAUCUUCUUCACCUCUAAGCUGGCGACAAACACUAACUAUGACGCUGCUCGUCGCUCCAUCAGACAAUCAGUGGAAGCAAGUGGCCUAGGUUAUAUUGAUUUGUUCCUUCUUCACAGUCCGUAUGGCGGGAAAAACGCUCGUCUUUCUAGCUGGAGAGCGGUCGAAGAUGCCAUCCAAGACGGCGAGAUCAAGCUAGGAGGUGUCAGCAAUUUUGGGACCAAGCAUCUGGACGAGCUCGUUGCUGCGAAGCCGCGCAUCAUGCCCUGUGUCAAUCAGAUCGAAGUCCACCCCUUCAAUACACGGUCAGACAUUGUCGAAACGUGUCGCAAGUAUGACAUUCUGGUCGAAGCCUACGCGCCUCUUGCCAGAGCUCUCCGCAUGGAGCAUCCGACAAUUGUAUCACUGUCCAAGAAAUACGGAUGCACUCCUGCGCAACUAAUGGUUAGGUGGAGUCUCCAACACGGGUAUAUUCCAUUGCCUAAAAGUGUAUCGCAACAACGAAUCAAGGAAAAUGGCAAUGUUAGUCAUUUUGAGAUAUCCAGCGACGACAUGCAGAGGAUGGACGGUCUAGAUGAAUACUUGGUGACUGACUGGGAUCCGGUCGACGCAGACUAA